GUUCACAUAGGAAACUAGAAAUCAUGGAGUUUAACAUCUCAUCAACACUCAUCCCUCUAAUUCCCUUUCUCCUCUUCCUCUUCCUCUUCAUAUUCCUCAAAUCUCAAUCAAUCUCAAAAUCAGCAAGGAGCUACUCACACUUCCCCGGCCCCACACCCCUCCCUCUCAUCGGCAACCUCCCCCUCAUGAUGCUCGGCGCCUCCGCCGGCCCCCACCGCCUCUUCCGUUCCCUCGCCGCCAAACACGGCCCCCUGAUGCAUCUCCAGCUCGGCGAGCUCCACUUCCUCAUCGUCUCCUCCGUCGAAUUAGCAAAGGAAGUGAUGAAAACUCACGACACCAAUUUCGCGAACCGGCCUCAGAUGCUGGCGACGGAGGAGCUGGCCUACGACUCCAGCGGCGUCGUCUUCUCCCCCUACGGCGACUACUGGCGCCACCUGCGGAAGAUCUGCACCGUCGAGCUUUUCAGCGCUCGCCGCGUGCGGUCGUUCCGUGGCAUAAGAGAGGAGGAAAGCAUGAACAUGUGCAAAUGGAUCGCUUCCCGCGAUGGAUCGCCGGUUGAUCUAUCCGAGAGGCUCUACAUGUCGUCGUACGACGUUAUCGUGAGGGCGGCCGUCAAGGCGAAGAGCGAGGAGCGUAAGGUGAUGGUUUCGGUUUUCAUGGAAUCGACAAAGCUAGCGACGGGAUUCAUGAUGGCGGACCUCUAUCCGUCCGUCAAACUGCUGCCGUUGAUCACCGGGGCGCGGUUCAAGAUCCGACGGUUACGCCGCAAAGUAGAUGAGGUGCUUGAUGGCAUCAUCGAGCAGCAGAGAGCGGCUGCGGAUGACGGCGAUGACGAUACCAAGUUGGAAGAUUUCUUGGAUAUUCUCCUCAAAUAUGAGAAAGAUGGGACUUUAACUACAGACAAUGUCAAAGCAGUGUUACUGGAUAUAUUACUUGGAGGAACUGAUACGUCAGCAUCUACCAUAGAAUGGGCAAUAUCGGAGCUGAUAAGAAACCCUAGCAAACUCAACAAAGCCCAACUAGAAGUUAGAAAGGUUUUUGACAAAGAGGGAUCAUACGUAGACGAAGACAAGUUGAGUGAGCUAAAAUACCUCAAAUUAAUUAUCAAAGAGACUUUGCGAUUGCACCCACCGGCCCCGCUUUUAGUGCCUAGAGUGAACUCCCAAAGAUGUGAAAUCAAUGGGUAUGAAAUCCCAACAAAAACCAGAGUGAUAGUGAAUGCAUGGGCAUUGGCAAGAGACCCCGAGUAUUGGAACGAUCCAGAGGAGUUUAUACCCGAGAGAUUCGAAGAAAGCACCAUCGAUUUCAACGGGAGCAAUCUCGAAUACAUACCCUUUGGUGCGGGAAGGAGAACGUGUCCCGGCAUGUUGUUGGGGCAGGCAAAUAUGGAACUUCCUCUUGCUAUGCUUCUCUAUCAUUUUGAUUGGGAAAUUCCAAAUGGGAUGAAAGCAGAAGAAUUGGAUAUGACAGAGGGCCUCGGCUCCACUCUUCAUAGGGAACACCAUUUGCGUUUGAUUCCCAUUGUUAAGCGACCUUUGUGCGCACGUGCUUGAUUGAUUCAGUAACGUUUACUUUGAGUGAUAGUAUAACUUAGAAAAAACUCAAAAAUGUGUUAGGGAAAUAAGGCACACUUAUCACAAAAAAUAUAGUGAGUCUUGUUUCCCAAAAAAUUGUUAUGUAAGCAUAAUUUGUGAAAAUAAAUAUUUUUGUGAUAGUAUGUUUA